AUGUCCGCCGCGGAGAAGAGCGGGGGGGCCCGGCCGCCCGAAGAGAGCCGCCCGGAGCAGCCCCGCUUCCCUCCGGGCCGAGCGGGCGGAGAAGCGCCCCGCCAGAGCGGCUCCGGCGAGGGGCAGCAGCAGCAGCCAGAGGACGGCGACGAGGAGGGCCGCGGGCAGGGGCCGCGGGGGCGGGCCCCCCAGCCGCCGCUCCACCGCGCCGAGGCCCCCCCGCCCAGGGACAACCCGUGGACCCGCUGGAAACCUCCCCCCGCCGGCAGCCUGUCCCCCUCCAGCGCCUCCGCCGGCAGCGAGUUGGCCUUGCAGGACCCGGAGUUGCAGAGUUCUGCUAAAGUCAUAAAAGCAGGAAAACCAAAGACACAGAAAUCUACCAAGGCUAAUGAUUUCAGUGAUGCAACAAACUGGCCAACACCAAGUGAAAUCGCAAACUCUGAAUGUAAAAGUAUAAAUCAUCAGAAUAAAAAAACACCGAUCAAGAAGGAGAAGGAAGAGAAGAAUGAAAGGGAAAAUAACAACAAAAUCAAGAAAAACCUGGAAAUAAAUGCAGAUAAUCCUGGAGAAAAUAUUAGCGAAGAUGAAGCUCAAACUAAUAACCAGAGGAAAAAAGGUAACAAGCACAAAUGGGUGCCGCUUCAGUUAGAUGGUAUGAAACCAGAUAGUCAAGAUAGACCAGCUAGCCAAGACAGACCAGCAUCUCAGACCAAUUCAAGAUCUCAGCUGCAAACCAACAAGCUUGUUCCUCACAACAACAGACGCAAUGAGACAAGAACUAGCUGGCGAAGGGACAGGGAAAAACGAGAUGAUCACGAUGAAGUCUCUAGUGUGAGAAGUGAAAGUGGCAGUUUUCGAGGAUUUUACAGAGGAAGAGGGAGAGGAAGGGGCAGAGGAAGAGGACGUGGAAGAGGAAACCCUCGAAUGAAUCAUGAACUCUUAUAUGGUCACCGAGAACAAUAUGGUAAAAGGACAGAUCAGCCGUUUCAGCCAGAUCUUAACACUAGUAUGAUGUAUUACUAUGACGAUGGAACAGGAGUGCAGAUGUAUUCUGUGGAUGAAACACUACUUAAAGAAUACAUUAAGCGCCAAAUCGAAUAUUAUUUUAGUGUAGAAAAUUUGGAAAGAGACUUCUUCUUGAGGAGGAAGAUGGAUCAGCAAGGAUUCUUGCCGAUUUCUUUGAUUGCAAGCUUCCACCGCGUACAGGCUCUCACUACAAAUGUUAAUCUGAUCUUAGAGGCCUUAAAAGACAGUAUUGAAAUUGAAAUAGUAGAUCAGAAAAUGAGGAAAAGGAUAGAACCAGAAAAGUGGCCUAUUCCAGGGCCUUCUCCAAGGAGCCUUCCUCAAACGGACUUUUCCCAGCUUAUUAACUGUCCAGAAUUCAUACCAGGCAAUACUUUUGGUUCACUCACUGAAUCUGCCCCAAGCUCUCCAAGAAUGGGAAGCCUAAGUACUAAGAAAAGUACAGAAACAAGUAAUCUUCAAACAAUGUGUAAAGGAUUAUCUACUAGUUUGCCAGAUCUGGACUCUGAACCUUGGAUAGAAGUAAAAAAAAGGCAUCGUCCAUCCCCAACUAAGCCAAAGGAACCUGUGCCUAUACUUGAGGAAAUGUCAAGUCAGCAGCCACCAUUGCCACCAGAAGAACAAGAACAGGAAGAGCUUGACUUUUUGUUUGAUGAAGAGAUGACACAAAUAGAAGGCCGCAAAAAUACCUUCACGGAAUGGUCAGAUAGCGAUUCAGAUUAUGAAAUUGAUGAUCAGGACCUAAAUAAGAUUUUGAUUGUGACACAGACACCACCGUAUAUGAGAAAGCAUCCUGGAGGAGAUCGCACCGGUAACCAUGUAUCUCGGGCAAAAAUUACAAACGAACUUGCCAAAGUCAUUAAUGAUGGCUUAUACUACUAUGAACAGGAUUUGUGGACGGAGCAGAGUGAGAAUGAUUCUCUUGCUACAAAGCAGGAAAUUGAAAUCUUUAAGAAGUUAAAUCUUAUCAGUAAAGAAGAGUUUGACAAUCUUACCCCCGAACAUAUAACUGAUCCAAAUCAAGAAAUACCUCCAGGUCCUCCAAGAUCUCAACAAGAUUUAACUGAGCUCGCUUGUAAAUUGUUCGGUAUUCAAGACGUACCUCCAACAACAAUGGCUCGCUCACUGCCAACAGCUGUCCCUGAAUCUCCUAGAGUCCAUUCUUCCAGAACACCAAGAACUCCUCGUACGCCAAGACUACAAGAUCCUAAUAAAACACCUAGAUUCUAUCCUGUGGUUAAAGAAUCAAGAUCCAUUGAUGUGAAGACACGAAGGAAAAGAAAAACACGUCACAGUACAAACCCUCCACUAGAAAGUCAUGUUGGCUGGGUAAUGGAUUCCAAGGAUCACAGGCCAAGAACAUCUUCUAUAAGCAGUUCAAAUGCAUCACCUUCUGAAGGGGCACCACUGUCUGGAAGCUACAGCUGCACCCCUCAUUCACUUCCGACAUUUCAGCACCCUUCUCAUGAACUUCUAAAGGAAAAUGGAUUUACACAGCAAGUAUACCACAAGUAUCGCCGUAGAUGCCUAAAUGAAAGGAAACGGUUGGGAAUUGGUCAGUCUCAAGAAAUGAACACACUUUUUCGCUUCUGGUCUUUUUUCCUUAGAGACCAUUUUAAUAAAAAAAUGUAUGAGGAAUUCAGACAACUUGCUCUCGAUGAUGCAAAAGAACACUACAGGUAUGGUCUCGAAUGUUUGUUCCGGUUUUAUAGCUAUGGGUUGGAGAAAAAAUUCAGGCAAGAGAUAUUCAGAGAUUUCCAAGAAGAAACAAAAAGAGACUAUGAAUCUGGUCAGCUAUAUGGACUUGAAAAAUUUUGGGCUUAUCUAAAGUAUUCACAGUCUAAGACUCCACCUAUUGAUGUGAAACUUCAGGAAUACCUCUGCAAUUUUAAAAGAUUGGAAGACUUCAGAGUUGAUCCUCCUAUUGGUGAGGAAUCUGGGAGGAAAAGGCAUUUAACUGGUGAGGAGAGUGAUCAUCAUCGACAUCAGUCCAAUUCGUCCAAAACCCUUGUUGGUAAUUCCACAGCUGCCUCUCAGGUUCAAGUCCCAAUAAACUUUCCCACUGCAAAUACUGUACAGGAGUUGAGUAACAGCAUAUCCCAGAACAAUACUGCCACAAAAUCAAGGAGUGACCUAACUGAGCAAUAGACUUUCAUUAAGCUUGAACCUUCAGAUCAACUCCUAACGCCAGUAUUUUAG